UCGGUGUAUUAGCACAACGAGGACAAUGAAGGAUAGAUGCAGAGUCUGCAUGGCUAUGGCCGGACCAUUCAUAAACAUUUUUGAUGAGCGACCAACAUGGGACACUUGCGUUGGUGACAUGAUAGCACAGUGCACCGGGUACGUGGUUGAGCGAGGCGAUUCGCUAUCCGAAAAGAUAUGUCCGUUUUGCCUGGAGGAUGCCGUGAGUGCCUUCAGUCUAAAGAAAACCUGUGAGCAGAGCCAUCAGGUGGAUUGGGAACAGUUGUUGGAUAGUCAGGUACGGUUUGAAACCAAACCGAGCCGAGGUGGCACGAUGAAACGACCGUACCAGUGUGCUGAGUGCUCAAGGUCUUUCGCAUAUUCCAAAAGUCUACGCAAUCACGUUUGCCACCAGUGCGACGACUGUGCAAAGUCAUUUAAGAGUGUGUCCAGGCUCAUCUUACACAGCCGUACACAGCACAAAGGCGAGCGACCAUAUCAGUGCACUGAAUGCUCCAAGACAUUUAAGCAGAAAUCCCAUCUAAACGCACACAAACAUACGCACACGAGGGAGCAGUUCUACCAGAGCACUGGCCGCACGAAAUCGUUUCAACAGCAGCUAACCCAUCACACUGAACACCCCCCCAGGAACCCGCGCGAGCAACCACUCAAGUGUGCGCACUGUGACAAAUUCAUUCUUGGGAAAAAAACUCUGCGAGAACAUACCCUCACACAUGCGGAAGAGCUGCCCUACCAGCAAGCACCCUGCUCAAAGUCUUUUGAGGAUCAAUCGAGCCUGCAAGUGCACAUCCCUUGCCCCGCGGUGGCACACCAGUGCGUCGAAUGCUCAAAGGCAUUUAUAAGCAAAGCCUGUCUGGAGAGGCACAUCCAACUGGAACACUACGAUGAACACAUCAUCGGCAUUUAAAGAACAAAACUGAUAUUACUUAAUACUUGGACCAUUCCUGUCUGGAAAGGCACAUCUCAUGGAAACGCACUGAAAACAAACCCAUACCAUGUUGGCGAUUAUUGAAUACAUUUAAUUAUAUGAAACCGUAAUUUUUGGAAUGCCCUGCCGCACCUACUGGAAGUAGUCGGAGUUUUUUCGCUCAGAAAUGAUUAUGGAGCACUUGUUGAACAAGGCAUGAUAGAAGAUACGGUACAGACUGUAAAACUAUAAUUAUUUGGAGAUCUAGUACCGGAUAAAAUAUAGUUUAAACCAUUGCAAUGUUUUGAUUUUU